GUUUUUCAUCUGUUUGUAUUUUUAAGGCAACAAGUCGGAAAAUGGCAGCAAUUCCAGGCGCCGACAUCAUGGUCCAAAAGCUGACCCAGCAGCUCAAGGAGACGACUGCCGAGAAGCUGGACGCCGAGGCCAAGCUGACCAAGCUGAAGGCCGUCGCGACCAAAGCGUUCGGCGAGUUCAACGACAUCCGCGUCAAGUACGACAACGAAAAGAAAAAGAAUGCCGAGUCGCGCGCGCUGGUCGAAGGCGCUGCGGCGGAUCGCACCAAGCUCGCCAACGCCCAGGCAACGCUCGCCAAGAUUGUCUCCGUCUCCAAGGUCGCGUUCAAAGAGUUCAACGAGCUCAAGGAGCAGUACGAAAUUGCCGUCUUCACGCGCCAGGAGGCCGAAAAGUACGCCGCAGAGCUGCUCGAGCACAUCAAGCAGCUGCAAGCUCACAGCGAGGAAACGGCCAAGCACCGUCUGUCCGUCAACAACUCGGCCUUCGCUGAGGAGGUGCAGAAGCUGGUCGUUGCAGUCCAGGCCGAGAAGGACGCCAAGAUCAAGCUCGAGACCGCGCUGCGCGAGGCCAACGACUCGUCCAACGCUCAGAUCGAGCACCUCAAGACCAACGUCGCGCUGUUGCAGCAGCGGCUGGAGGAGACCCAGGCAACGCAUCUUCAGCAGCUGAAGCAGCAACAGCAAGAGUCAGCUGCCGCGCUCGCCGAGGCCGCCCGCUCUGCCGCAUCCGCCGCGCAAGGUUCAGUCACCGAGGUCUUCCAGCGCGAGACUGCUGCGCUCCGUUCCGAUCUUUUGGCAGAGCAACAGCUCCGCCAGCAGGCUGAAGCGCGUGCCACCUUUGCCGAAGCGUCUGCCAACAACGACCGCAUUGUCGAACUUGAGCGACAGGUCGCAAUGAUGAAGGACUUGCUCGAACGUAGCGAUGAAAAGCUAUCGCGCGCCGAGGAGCGUGCCGAAGAGGCCGAGCGACGAGUUGCCGAAGUUUCCGCCGCUCGCGCCGCUGCGAUCGAUCCGGAGGCCUCCAGCGUCCAGGGCGUGCUCAGCGCGGUUGCCGGCAUCCCCCCGCCGCCCCCGCCGCCGCUUCCGCCGACCUACAACCCGAUGGAUCGCCCCACGCUUCGUCUGAAGAAGCGCUCACAGAUGAGCAUUCUCACAGGCCAAGCCGUUGAGGUUGCCGUCGACCCCCGUGCCGAAGCCUUCUCUGAAAUGAUCAACCGCAUCAAGAGCGGUGCUGUCCUCCUCAAGAAGACUUCGCAUCAAGCAGCGCCUGCUGUCGCCAGUGGUCAGAUGAGCCAACUCGCUUCCAUGCUGAGCCUCAAGAGCACCGACGGUCCGCACUCUUCGGCUGGUAGCAAGCCCAGCGGACAUAUUCCGAUCAACGACGAGCUUGCUGCCAAACUCAAGCGUGUCCGUCCGACAUCCGUGCACGAGCCCUCACCUGCUGCCGUGGCCGCCGCUCUGAUUGCAACCCCUGUACCUGCUCCCGCGACCCUGCCCAAGCCAUCCGCGUCUGCUGUUGUUGCCGCUGUUGAGCAGCCUGCCCCGGUUGUCCCUGUUGCCAUCCAGAUCGAAGCCACCGCCAUUCCGGACUCUGCGAUUGAGAUGGCCGCAUUGCUGGAAAGCGACGCGACCAACGACGCCAUCAGCGAAUCUGCGUCCAAGACGGCCUCCUUUGAAGGUGCACCCACGUCGGAUGUGGACUACGACAUGCUGUUUGCGAACAUUGAGGAGCAGCUCAAGAGCUUCUCGUAAACGAGCUCGCCGUGGUUUUCGUGUCGUCCGCUUUGUUCAGUUGACAUGUUCCAGUGUCGUACUUUUUGGUGUUUUUUUGUUUGUUUGUUUUUGUCUUGGAUGUCGAGUACGCUUGACUCCAAUUUCCCUCCAUUUUACCAUUGUUUUGCAUUUUUUUUUUGGUGCUGUAGUUGAAAUUUGGUCAAUGCCACAACCCUGCUGCUGUAUUGCUGAAUUGAAGCGUUUUACUUUUUCUUGC